AUGCCUGAUUUCGUUGGUGAUGAAGGUGAGGCCGUGAAGAUCGAUUUGAACUUGCCCCAGAAAGAGGCUCUCGCUACCUUGAGCAAGUACCCUGUCAAGACUCGGCUGGCCCUCACUGGUACCAUCAUCGUUGCUCGUGAUAUCGCUCAUGCCAAAAUGAUGGAGAUGCUCGAGAGCGGUAAAGGUCUCCCCGACUACAUCAAGAAGUAUCCCGUGUACUACGCGGGCCCCGCCAAGAAGCCCGAUGGAAAGCCUUCCGGUUCCUUCGGACCCACUACUUCCAACCGUAUGGACCCCUAUGUUGAGCCUUUCCAAUCCAACGGUGGUUCCAUGAUCAUGAUCGGUAAGGGUAACCGUAGCGAUAUGGUGACUGAUGCUUGCAAGAAGAACGGUGGUUUCUAUCUCGGCUCCAUCGGUGGUGUCGCUGCCAUCCUCGCCGAUAAGAGCAUCAAGAAGGUCGAGUGCCUCGAUAUGGAGGAGCUCGGUAUGGAAGCCGUGUGGAAAAUCGAUGUCGUGGACUUCCCUGCCUUCACCAUUGUCGACGAUAAGGGUAACGACUUCUUCAAGAUGGGAAACGCAAGCGAGCAGAAGAUGAAUUUCUCGCACUAAACCUUUGGUCCAUUCUUUCUGGAUCCUGGCUCUCGAUUCUCCCGCCGUCGCUGUACUUUGCUUCAACGGAUUGUCAUCAACCUCAUAUCGAGUGGUUGUCCAUAUUCUAUAGCAUUCAUAGGUCCCGAUUUACAAUGUUGAUGGCAUACUUCGUUGAC